ACAAACAGGUGAAGAAGAAGGACAGGGGGCGGAGGCAACUUGUGUCCUCCUGUCAGCUCCAAGGAUCAAGAGAGAGAGCGCAAAGAGAGCGAGAGAGAGCAACAGAGCGGCUCACCGCCUAACCUGAGCCGCACUGGCAUCUCUAAAGUCACCGUCUUCUGUCGUGUAACAACCUGCUUGAAAUUGAGAGGAAAAUUACGAGUGUUUUAUAGGUCCUUGGAGAAAUCCCUUUGGUAAGAGGCAGUAAGAAAACGGGACGCUUCCUGGAUUUUUCGUCCGUUGACAGUGACUGGGGGAGACACAGAGAAAGAGAGAGAGAGAGAGAGAAGAUAAAAGUGAAGUGAGCGCGCUGCGCGGGGACGAGCUUACUAAAGAUUUGCUGUUCUUGAAGCGUUGAUAGCUGCGGUUCACUCAUCAGUCCGGAGAGCUAUGGAGAUCAGGACAUCCAGCAAACUUGAUACUUUGCUGCUGAUGGCGUUGUUGUGGAUGUUUGCGGAUAAGAUGAAAGCCGAGGACACCAUUAUUGUGGUAAAGGGACGGACAGCAAUCCUACCGGUCUCAUCCAAGUUCAUCUCUGACCUCAGCACAAUGACUGUGACCUGGAACUUCUUCUCUUCAAAGACCAAUCAGGUGAAUUCAGUGAUGUCAUACACCUUUGGUCAGCAGAGCGAUGGCGACCCACAGUUCAGCAAUCGAGUAGGGUUUGUACAUAAGAUGCCUAGCACCAACGUUUCCAUCUUCAUCAAUGACACAAUAGAGGAAGACUCUGGCCGGUACACUUGCAAUAUUAUAGUCCCUGGAAAAAAACCUGACGUACUUUCAGUUGUCCUUAAUGUUGUAGUCCCUCCCUCCAUCCCUGACUGCACUGUAUCAGGUGAGCCAGUGCUGGGUGGCUUUGUGACCCUGAACUGCCGCUCAAAGUCAGGAAAGCCAGUCCCGACCUACCAUUGGCAGAAGACAUCACCGACCUCUCAGAUUUUCAUUCCCACAAUGGAGGACUCUGUGAAAGGGACUCUGCUGCUGACCAAUCUGACGAAAGAAAUGUCGGGCAAGUAUGUAUGUGAUGCUUCAAACACAGCUGGCACUGAGUCCUGCUAUAUCAAUCUGGAGGUUUCUGCACCGGUGAGCGCCGGAGUGAUCGCUGGUGCUGUAGUUAGUGCCUUGCUUCUCCUGCUGGCUGCACUCAUCUUCCUUGGCUUAUAUCUGAAGCGCCCCCGGGAUGCAGAAGAGGAAAUGGCCAAUGAUAUUAAGGAGGACGCCCAAGCACCCAAGCGGGCCUCAUGGUCCAAGAGUGGCCCAGGCUCGGACAUUGUUUCUAAGAAUGGCACCCUUUCAUCCAUUACCACAGCCUCUCACCAGUACCCAGAGAAGCCACUCUCAGACACAGCCUCCAUCAUCACUGCAACGGGCAGCACAAUGGGAUACAGGCCCUCCCAUCUGCCUCCAGGGGUCGCAGCGAGCAUGCAUGGCUUACCAGGAUACCACCAUAACACCCUACGGCAAACAAGUGAAUAUUCAUCCACUCCUUCUACUGCCAAUGGAAACACUGUGCCCAGAACUGACGGUGCCCAGCCACAAACACCACGGGCACCAGUCCUCACUUCUACUGUCACGUCUUCUAAUAUCAUGCGCAUGGGUGGGAUCCCAGUGAUGGUGCCAGCUCAGAGCCAGGCAGGGUCCCUAGUGUAGACCUUGGCUGAUGGACAUGCUCUGCUUUGCCUUGUAAAUUAUUGUACAGUUGAGUCACUGAACAAAACUCUUCUGGGAGAGAAAAACUGAUUGACACUCUUGCUUUACACUAGCGUUUUGAUGUUUGUGCAACUGGCAAGCUUGUUGGCCUCUCAGGGACCCACAUGGGCAGUGAUGGGCUGCAGAAAGAACACCAAUGGUGGGUUUGUUUAAACACUGAGUUCAGAGAAACCAGAAUAUUGUAAAUAAAAGAGGGGCAUCCUCUACAGUAUAGGAGAUCAUUGGUAGCAAAUCUAUCACAUGUACUAAUUUAUAUGAGGUUAUGCAUUUUACUUCAUUAUUCUUUAUCACGGCACUGCAAAAUGGGGAUAUGGUGCAUGUCAGUUGAGCAUGCAAAUAAGAAUCUUUCUACACUCCGUGCACUACUAGCACUACAUAUGCACAAAUCGGAAUAAAAGAAACUGACACCUUCUACAGAAACCAAUAGGUAGAUCAUUCAAAAUGUAGUAAAUGAGAGCAGCACUCCAUAAAAGAGGUCAUAGGUGAAGAGUUCAUUAUACAAGGUGCGAACCAAAAGUUCCCAGAAUGCUAUUUAUUUACAAGCAUACACACCAAAUAACAAUUAAUGGUGAACAGUUCCUUCAAAAUAGUCACCCGCUGAGUUAAUACACCAAUCCCAGCGAGAUUUCAACCUUUCGAAGCACCUCUGGAAGUCGUUUUUUGUCAGUAUGUUCAAGACAUCGGUUGUUACCGCUUGGCUCUCCCCCACAGUCUCAAAUCUGCGUCCCUUGAGCCUCAUCUUCAUCUUAGGAAAUAAAAAAAAAAUCAGACGGCGCUAAAUCAGGGGAGUACGGAGGGUGGGGAAUGGCAGUAAACGUUGUAGAUGCCAAAAAUUUGCGCACAAUCAGAGAUGUGUGAGCUGGUGCAUUGUCGUGAUGCAAAAGAAAUGACUUGUCAGCCCACAUCUGAGGACGUGUUCGGCGAAUUCGAUUUCACAAAUGCCUUAGAACAUCCCUGUAGAAUACCCAUUGCAUCAUUGCCAAAAGCUUGUUGCAACAUUUCAUGGUUUUCUUUUGCUGUUGUUCCCAGUUUAAAACAGAAUUUGCCCUUUCAAAUCACUCAUUUUCACGAACAACCCUUCACAGACACAACCGAAGUUUAAAUGAGAACUGCGACUUGAAAAACAACUGCGCUGACGUUAUAACGCGUAAUAACAGCUCUCUAGGACAACUUGAACUGCUAUCUAGCGGCGAUUGAUAUAACCAAACCCUUCUGGCUGCAGAAUAAAUGCAUUCUGGGAAUUUUUGGAUUGCACCUCGUAUUAUCAAUGAAAGUUGCACCCACACCUGCCCAUUGGGGAGUUCAAUCCUCCCUUUCUCCAGGAAUUUGGUUCCAUACCUAACUAUAUCUUGAUGGUACCUCUGUACCUCCCAACUUUUUGCCCUUAGAGGGGUCAAAUUCCAUAUCCCUAGAGUCAGUGGGGAUCUGUUUGCUGAGGCACUUGCAUUUGACAGCUGUCCAAACCACACCUUGGGGCAGACCUGGGACAUACUGGAAAGAUUAUAUCUCCCAAUUGGCUUGGGAAUGCCUCAUUAUCCCCCUGGAGUAAGAGGUGGUGGGGAAAAGGGACAUCUGGGCAUCUUUGCUUUGCAUGCUGCCCCUAUGACCUGGACCCAGAUAAGCAGUAAAAAAUGGUGCCCUCUGUAGGAGGUUAUAAGUAGAAAAUCCAAAACAUAAAUGAGACCAGCAUCCUCUGGCCAUGUGUGAAUACAAAAUGCAAUAAAUUCAAAGACUGCCCGAUGCAGGAGUCUUCAGGGAGAGAAUUGAAAACAAUAUAAAUAAGGGCAGCUUCCUCUACAGAAGGCCAUACAUGAAGAAAGCAUUUUUUAAUAAAUGAGCUCAGCACCUUGUAUAAGAACAAUAAUUGGAUCAUUCAAACUGUAAUAAAUGAGUGGAUAAAUACUGGAUACCAUAAGUAGAUCAUUCAAAAUAUUAUAAAUGAAAAUAGCAACCCCUCUCAUGAUGCCAUAAGUAGCGAAUCCAAAAUAUUAUAAAAGAAAAACAGCAUCCUCUUCAGGCAGCCAUGUUUUAGUAACACAAAAUGUAAUACAUGAGCACAGCACCCCAUACAGUAGACAGCAGAUAAAGAAUUCAAAAAAAUAAUAAAUGAGAGUAGUGCCCUGUGUAGGAAGUCACCUGUGAAGCAUAUCGACUUGAACAAAUGAGAAUAGCACCUUCUACAUGAGACAAUACUUCUGUGAUUCAACACGUUCUGCAGGAGGUCAGAGAUGGGGACUUCGAUUUAUUACAAAUGAGAGCUGCACUCAGUGCAGGAAGCCAUGUGUGGAAAAUGCAAAAUGUAAUAAGUGAACACGGCACUAUCUGCCAGACCCCAUAUGUGAUGAGUUCAGAUCAGUAGAAAUGAAACCAAGAAGGUGCUUAUUGUGUUACUACAAGAUAAGGGCAGCAUCCAUUGCAUGAGGCGAGAUGUACAGAAUCCAGAUUUUUACAAAUGAGAGCAGUCAGCCACAUGUUGAGCACUCUGAUUGCUUCAGAAUUGAAUACUUUCCUUCACAGGAGGCCAUAGCUAGCAUGCUGGGCAGAAGGUUGUAGUUGAGAAAUGCACAUGAUGGGAAAAAAAAUGUCCCUUUAAGGAUGCUACAGGAUAACAAUCCAAGAUGUCAAAGGUAUAACAUAAAAAUUUGACAGUAGAGAGAAGGCCAUUCAGUCUAUCAAGCUUAUUUGAUUAGCUUGGUGUUUCUCAACCUUUUUGGUGCCGCAACCCACUUUUUUGUUUCCCUUUUUAAGUGUAUUCACAACCCACAAGUGGGGAUAAAUAUGGGGUAUAAAUAUCACCCAGCGAUGUCAACCACUCAGGUGACCCACUUGUGACGCACCAGUGGCAGUCUGUGACCAAAAAGUGGGCUGGGAUCCAGUGCUUGAGAAACACAGGUUUAGUUAAUAGCUAAGAUGUCCCAGUAUGCAGUGCAAUCCAGAUUCUUCUUAAAGAUUGCCACCUGACAUUUUGAGUAAACAAGUGUUUUCUGGCGUCAAUGCACUUAAAAGCACUUCCCCUUAAUUUCCAAUGGCAUCCAUUCAUCAUUUAAUCAAAAGAAUUCUGCUUGAACUGCUGUAUGAAUUAGGUUCAAAGACCUGGAUUAUGUCCCCACGCAGCGUCCUCUGCUCGAGACUAAACAGGUUUAAUCCUCUGAGUCUGUCACAGUAGGACAAGUCCGUAAGUCCUGAGAUGCUCCUGGUUGCUCUCCUCUGUACAGUUUCAAGGGCUGCUAUGUCUUUCUUGUAGUGUGGUGACCAGAACUGCACACAGGACUCCAGGUGUGGUCUCACUAGUGCGUGUAGACAUAACAUCUCUUGAUUAAAUUCAGCAGUUAUUACAAUAUAAAUAUAUGAACAUUACCCACCAAAGGAGCAAUAUGUAGAGAGUUAAAAUUGUUUUAAAAUGAGUUCAGUACAUUUGAGGGACUCCUUAUGUGUAAAAUCUAUAUUACUACAAAUGAGAGAAGCACUCUCUGCAAGAGGCUACUGGAUAUACAGAGAAUCCACAAUAUUAAAAAUGAGAGCCAAACCGUCACAUUGCCAAGGAUGCACUUGUGAAUCCUUCAGACUGCAUGGGGCUUAUUUUAGAAAUAUUGGAAGUACCAUAUGUAAAGUACAUGAGAUGAUUGUACACUCUAACAAUCUGAUAAGUUGGCUUUCGGGAUGGGGCUUUUUCCUACUUUGUACCCAGGGUUAGUCAGAUUCAGAAAGAAACAGUAACUCAUCAUGCUUUGACAACUGAGAUGACAACACAUGUAUGUUUUGGAGGUUCUAAUUAUUUUGGGUAAUGUUGGUCACUUCUGAGUGUGUAGAAGGGCAAAGCUUGAUGUAGGUUUAUUCUGAGCUCUAGCUUAGGCACUGGUGCAAAUGUUAACUAGCUGUCUAAUCGUACUAUGUGGACACUUUGACGAGGAAAGCUUCUGCUUUGUCUUCUUUUGCACUUUCUCUACUACUGUAAAUGUUAUAUAUGCAUUUGUUAAUAAGAUAAUGAAAAUGAAAUUUGUAACUACAUAAUGACUGAAUGCUUAUUUGAAAAUGUACUGUCUAGGAUGAAGUGCUGCUUUGCUUUUUGAGAUGGGUGGUCCUGGCUCUGGGUUUCUUUAAUGCUUAUCAUUGAAUUAGCCAUUUAUAUAUAUAUAUAUAUAUAUAACAUUCAUGACAUUCGUAGUCUGAAUCACAAUCUGAUUGUAUGGGUGCUUACCUACCAGGUAACGCUUGUGGUUGGUCUGCAAGUCGGCAAACAUCCGCCAAGGUGCCCUCUUCAGCAGAUAAGAGAAGCAGAUCAUAGAAUGUUGCAUAGUUUAGUGUCAAAUAAUGCAAAGAGUACGCAACACGUGUUUCACCCUCAUUUGGGCUCAUCAGGCGUACACACUCACGGCACCCCCUCUCGGGGAUCGAACCUCGGAUGUCAGCGUCAGCGGUGAAGCCUCUUUACGUUGCGCUAUGGUGUGUGGUUCGUUUAUUUGACAGCAUGUAGAUCGGGGUAAUUACAUUCAUGACAUUCGUAGUCUGAAUCACAAUCUGAUUGUAUGGGUGGUUACCUACGUGUCGUGUACUCUUUGCAUUAUUUGACAGUAAACUAUGCAAUAUAUAUAUAUAUAUAUAUAUAUAAUAUAUAUAUAUAAUAUAAAUAAUGUGUGUGUGUAACUGUGUGUACAGUAGAUUCACAAAGUAUUCACACCACUUCACUUUCUGCACACUUUAUUUUGUUGCAAAUUUAAUUUACAUUGGGGAAAUUUGUCAUUAUUGUCCAUCAAUCUACACUCAAUACCCAAAAAUGACAAAGUGAGAACAUGUUUUCAGAAAUAUUUUAAUAUUUUUUGCAAAUCAAAAACUGAAAUUUCUCAUUCAUAUUCAGUAUUGUAUGUAUUAAGAACUUUAAUUCAAUACUUUGUGGAAGUAUUCAGACCUUUAAUUCAGGACUUUGUAGAAGCCCCUUUGGCAGCAAUUCCAGCUUUGGGUCUUCUUGGUAAGUCUGUACAAGAUUUGCACAUCUGGAUUUGGGCAGUUUACCCAUUCUUCCUAGCAGAUCAUCUCCAUCUUUGCUAGACUGAAUUAGAAGCAUCAGUAAACUGGCAUCUUCAAGUCUCUGCACAGAUGUUCUAAGGGGUUUGUGUCUGGACUGUGGUUGGGCCACACCAGGACAGUCAGUGACUUGUCCCAAAGCCACUCCAUUGUGGUGUUGCCUGAAUACUUCAGAUCAUUGUUGUACUUAAAGAUGAGCUGUCAUCCUUCCAACAGGUUCUCCCAUCUCAGCAGAGGACUUUUGAAACUCUGUUAAAACAAUCAUUGGGUUCUUGGUCACCUCCCUGACCAAGGUCUUUCUUGCCUGGUAAUUUCAUUCCGCCAGUAUGCCAACUCUAGGAAGAAUCCUGGUGGUUCGAGACUUCUUCCAUUUCACAAAUACUGAGGGCACUAGGGUCCUGGGAACACUCAAAGCUUUAGAAAUGUUUGUAAAUCCUUACCUUGAUUUAUGCCAGAACACAGUUUGACUCCAGAGAGAUCCUUGGACUUCAUGGCUUGGUUUUUGUCUUGGUGUGAAGUGUGAAUUGUGAACCUUCUAUAUAGAGGUGAGUACCUUUAAUAAAUGAUUUCCAGUCAGUUCAAUUUGCCUCAGGUGGACUCUAAUCAAGUUCUCAACACAUCUCAAGGAAAAUUAAAACAAACAGAAUUCACAUGACCACAAUGUGUAGUGAUGGGCGGCACGGUGGCGCAGUGGUAGCGCUGCUGCCUCGCAGUUAGGAGACCUGGGUUUGCUUCCCGGGUCCGCCCUGCGUGGAGUUUGCAUGUUCUCCCCGUGUCUGCGUGGGUUUCCUCCGGGCGCUCCGGUUUCCUCCCACAGUCCAAAGACAUGCAGGUUAGGUGGAUUGGUGAUUCUAAAUUGGCCCUAGUGUGUGCUUGGUGUGUGGGUGUGUUUGUGUGUGUCCUGUGGUGGGUUGGCACCCUGCCUGGGAUUGGUUCCCUGCCUUGUGCCCUGUGUUGGCUGGGAUUGGCUCCAGCAGACCCCCGUGACCCUGUGUUCGGAUUCAGCGGGUUGGAAAAUGGAUGGAUGGAUGGAUGGAUGGACAAUGUGUAGUGCCACAGCUCACAACUUCUAUGAAUGAGAGAUUUUGACAAAGAAAUAAUUUGCAAACCUUUCUGAAAAUCUAUUUUCGCUCUGUCGUUAUGGGUUAUUGAGUGUAGAUUGAUGGGCAAAAACAGUAAAUUUCUCCAUUUUAAAUGAAAUCUACUACACAAUACAGUGUGCAAACAGCAAAUGGGUCUCAAUAUUUUCUGAAUCCAAUGUACAGUAUGUCUGUUAUAUGCUAUUACUCAUUUCUUCUUUUUAAUCAGAUGAACAAGCAGAAGUGUACCCCCUAAUGGGUUCACUGCUGCUAAUCAUGUCAGACUCAAGCAGCUUGUGGUAUUAGUUGUUAAAAUAGACGGUCAACCAGAAGUGUCACAACUGUCUUGAAGAAUGUAUUGUACUGUAUUGUGCUUUAUUGUCUUUUUUGUUAUUUUUUUCCUUAAUUCAAUUCUCCAAAGCAGAAAGGGAAAUAAGCAGACUGUUUAAGUGCUCUUACUUGUGCUCCUGUUUUCUGCACACCAAAACUGGCUCUGGUGGCUAUUGCCAGGAGGCACUCAUUUGGCAGGUGCUCCCUUUUAAUGUACAAUGAUGCAAAGUAAUAACGUACCUGCCAGCUCUUUUUGGGGUCUUCUGAGGCGAAACUCUGCACUGCUGGACUAGCAAUGAAGCAAAAGAAAAAAAAACACACAAAUAAAUUAAAUAAAAACUAAAAAAGAGAAACUGAUAUCUCACCAAAGAAGCUCACCAGCCAGACGAUACCAAAAUGUUUCCAGUUUUCUCCGGAUCCUGAAUUCCCAAAGGGAACUGUGUCCUGGAUUAUGAAGAAGCACUCCUGCUCCAACUUAUUCUCCGUGUUCGUCUUGUUCCCUUAUACGGAGGCUGGAUGGAUUCAGUCACUGCGCUCUGCUCUGAUGUCCAUGAGAUUCUCACUGUGAUGUAUGCACUGCUGAAAAGCUUCAUUAAUACACGUAUUUGUGAACAAGACUUUGAAUUAAGAAAAAGCUGUUUUUGGGACAUUUAUUAUUGAAUUAAAGCAAUUUUUUACCAGUUUGA